CGAAAUUGGGAAUGCCGCCAUCGAAGAAAUCGAAUGUUGAGAGAGUUGUCAGUCAGCGAGGCUAUUAUGUGACCACUUGACAACUUAAAUCCGCCUACAAUCAAUAGGACACCUCAAGAUACAUUGGAAGCUUUCCAGCACUGAGCAAAAUUUCUUCACCGCACUAUGUCGCUAUCAAUGCCCACAGACGCCGUUGUGCCCAGACCCAACGCUCACAUAGACGUCGACGUCAAGUGUCGCACCGUACUGAACUAUGCACACAACAAUCAAGAAGAGUCGCUUCGCUAUGACGGCAACGAUGAGGAUGAAUCUGACUACCCCGAGGGUGGUGCGACGGCUUGGUUGGUGGUACUGGGUGCCUGGUGUGCUAUGAUACCGUCGAUGGGGUUACUUAAUACAGUGGGUGUGCUUCAAGCUUGGGUCUCUGAACAUCAAUUGCACGGUUACUCCGAAUCAAACAUCGGUUGGAUCUUCAGUGCAUACGCCUUCUUCUUAUACAUUGGCGGUGCGCAGGUCGGCCCUAUUUUCGAUGCCCACGACAUCAGAGUCCUUAUCGUGCCUGGCAGCAUCGGCAUUGUGGCAGCCGUCAUGUGUAUGAGCGUCUCUACCGAAUACUACCAACUGCUACUGUCUUUUGGUGCUCUUGGAGGAUCUUCAGCAUGCCUCUUAUUCACCCCUGCAGUGUCCGCUGUUGGUCAUUGGUUCUGCAAGCGGAGAGCUCUUGCUAUUGGCAUUGCCUGCACAGCUGGCGGAGUCGGAGGCGUCGUCUUCCCGCUUCUGAUCCUCUAUCUUGCACCUAUCAUCGGCUUCCCUUGGACUGUGCGCACCAUUGGCUUUAUAUGCCUCUUCAUGUGCAUCAUCGCUUGCCUGCUCCUUAGGAAACGAUUGCCUCACAACAAGCACGCCGGUGUGUCUAUUGAUUUUCAAGGUCUCAAGGACCCUAAGUACGCGCUCACUACGCUUGCUGUGUUCUUGGUAGAGUUCGCUGUCUUUGUUCCGUACUCCUUUAUCUCACUGUACGCUAUACGUGCAGGUAUCGAGCAGCAGAAGGCCUAUCUAAUCAGUGCUCUGCUCAAUGUCGGAGCUAUUCCCGGACGUGCGCUGCCUGGCUACAUCGCGGACCGCUUUGGUGUGUUCAAUACCAUGCUCGCCACGUCUUUGACGUGUGCCACUCUUAUCUUUGCAUUAUGGCUUACGGCUGCACGAAACGAGGCCGCUAUUACGGCAUUUGCCAUUGUCUUCGGUUUCUGGUCUGGUACUGGUAUUUCCUUGACGCCUGUCUGUGUUGGUGCAGUUUGCAAGAUUGAGGACUACGGCAAGAGGAACGGCACCACGUUUUCGAUUGCCAGUUUUGCUGCAUUGAUUGGCAUCCCUGCUGCUGGUGCCGUUCUGGAGGUAAACGGAGGAAACUACACAGGGUUGAUUAUUUUCGCUGGCACGCUUUAUCUCGCUGCAUUUGCAGUUUUUCUGAUCACCAGGAUUGUGGGUUGGGGCCGAGACUGGAGGACAAUGUGCUAGAGUCGCUAGUCGAUGAAGCAGCUCCAACAGUCCUAUCCACUAACGGGAUGGUCACGGGAAAGCGAGUACCCUCUUCACUGCAUUGUGUCAGACCUUGGACUCAGGUAGAAGUGCAAUUAGAAAUGGCCUGCUUGGCCAAGUUGAGAAUGCCCACAGACACUUCGUCUCGACAUUGGCACUUUCGGCAUCUCAAUACCGGCCAGUCUAUGAUGCCAUCACAACGGCCACCCGUACGCUGAGCGUCGAGAUAAGAUCCGGCGAAUAUUCCCAUCUUAUUAAAUGUAGCUUCAGAUUCUAGGAUUGAAGUAUCCUUGCCGAACCAGUCAUGUUCUUGC